AUGCCGAGGAAAACAGACCAGUCUCAGUAUAGGAGUGUAAUUGACUGUAGUAACAUGUCUUGCAUACAAGAUAGAAUGAGCAGAUUUUCAUUUAAAGAGUAUAAUAGUGAACAAUUGUGGGAAGACUACAUAGCUCGUUUUGAGUUGACCUGCAGAGUAAAGGGACUAGGUGGUGCUAACACAGAAGAACAAGCGGCUCGGCGAGAUCUUCUAUUGGCAAAUAUCGGAGAGGAGCAUCUCAGGGCACUGUCGGACCAGAUGUAUCCAAGGACCUGGGAGGAGUGCACCUACGACGAAGUCAAAGAGGAAGCCAACCGGUUGUUCAAGCCUACAAGGACCCUUUUUGCAACAAGGUUUGAGUUUGAAAGAGCAAUAAGAAAAGAUGGUGAGACAUUUAUUUUGUUUUAUAACAGAUUAAAGUCUUUAGCUAGAAGUUGUAAAUAUGGAGAUAGCUUAGAUGAACGAGUACGAGAUAGGUUUGCAGUAGGCAGCAACUGUCCAGAAUUUGAAGUCGAAGUCAGACAAAGAUGGCCCGAGGGAGUUAAUAACCGAGGUGAACGUGUUAAGUCAACAGUAGUACUAGAGUUAGCUCAAUCUAUGGAACGUGCGAGAGAAGAAGUUUCCAAGCAUUCGUGUAAAAAUGAGAUUUUCAAAGUAAGUGACAGUAAGGAAAAGAGGAAACCAGAGGUACAGAAAUCUACUGGUUUCAAUAGGUGUUAUAGAUGUGGGUUUACACAUGACCCUAGUGAAGAUAGGUGUCCUGCUGUUUCUGCUGUGUGCAAGAAAUGUUCAAAGAGAGGCCACUUCGCAAGAAUGUGCAAAAGUAAAAAUAUUUUUUUCAAGAGAACAUACGGUAAUUUGAGAAAAGUAGAUGAUUCUCGGGAUCAAACUUACGAUGAUGAGUGUAAUUCUGAUAUUGAUGUUAGCGGAACACAAAUUAGGUCAGUCAAGAGUAAGGUUCCGAGAGCUACAAUAGAUGUAGAAUUGAACGGGUAUAAUGUUAGAAUGGAGUUUGAUUCCGGGGCUCGGGUAAGUGCUAUAAGUUUGUCUCUUUGGGAUAAGAUCAAUUCAAGUGGCGAAUCCCUCAAAAAGACGUCUGAUGUCAUCACUGGCUAUGGGAAAAAUAAGCUAGAAGUCAUGGGUAAGGCUUUUGUGGACGUUACUUUACGUAAUCGUACUAAGCGAUUGCCAGUUAUUGUAUUACUAGAAGAUGAUGUUCCAUUAUUUGGGUUGCCGUUGAGUGUAGCUUUCAAUCUUAAUUUGCCUAGGGAAGUAAGGGUUAGGCGUAUUGAUAAUAGAAAAACAAAUAGUAAAGAGACAGGCAAGAAUGAAGAAAUUUAUAGAAAAGAGUUACAAAAAGAAGUUGAGACAUUAACUCAGGAGUUUUCUGAACCCUUUCGUGAUGAGCUAGGAACGAUAUCUGACUCUAAUGAAGUUAUCCAUCUAAAAAGUGGAACAAACCCUGUAUCUUACGGGUCAAGACGAGUUCCAUUCCCCUUAAGGGAGGCAGUGGAGAGAGAAUUACAGCGAUUAGUACAGGAAGGAGUUUUGGAAGCAGUGGACCCUUCCGAAACACCGAUAGAAUGGAGUACCCCAACAGUCAACGUAGACAAGGGUGGAGGUAGAGUCAGAAUCUGUGGCGAUUUUCGUACAACCUUGAAUCCAAACAUCGUUCCGGAGAGACACCUCUUGCCAACCUUUGAUGACUUGACUUCCAAAUUAACUGAUGGAAAGAUAUUUUCAGUCAUAGAUCUUCGAGACGCGUACUUGCAAAUGAAAGUACACCCUGAGUCACAAAAGUAUCUUACGAUAGCAACUCAUGUAGGCUACUUUCGCUACAAAAGGUUGCCUUUUGGGCUUUCCUCAAGUCCAGCAAAAUUUCAAAGGUACAUGGAAAGUUUACUAAAAGGACUUAAUGUCGGAGUUCUACUUGAUGAUAUAAUCAUUUCUAGUAAGGAUAAGACCACCCAUAUAACCGCUCUUAGAGAAGUUUUGAGACGGCUAGAAUCAAGUGGAAUAAGAGCAAAACUGUCAAAAUGUAAGUUCUUUCAGAAAUCUGUAAAGUAUUUAGGCCAUAGAAUAGAUGGGAAUGGUAUUCAUCCCUCCGAAGACAAAGUUGAAACCAUAAGACACGCACCAAGGCCAAGAAACGUGAAAGAAUUACGAGCCUUUCUAGGGGCACUAAAUUUUUACGAAAGGUACAUACCUAAUCUUCAUGCGAUCGCUUCGAACUUGCAUAAGCUGACUGGUACGAAGACUAAAUGGAAAUGGACUGACACCGAACAAACUACGUUCGACAAGUUAAAGAAUAUCCUGUCAUUAGAGAAGACAUUAGUCCCAUACGACAUAUCAAAGCCGAUCAUUGUUGAAUGUGAUGCUUCUGAACAAGGGGUUGGUUCAGUGCUGUUGCAUUUGAUGCCGGAUGGAACGGAAAGGCCAGUCAUGUACGCCUCGAGGACACUAACGGAAGCAGAAAAAAGGUAUGCUACAGUUGACAAGGAAGCACUGGCGUUAGUUUUUGCCGUGAAGAAGUUUAGACAAUACCUCAGUGGAAGACAUUUCAAGGUGAGGACGGACCACAAGCCACUUGAAAGAAUAUUUGGAAUGCAUCGAGAUCUUACCAAAGUAGUAAACAACCGUUUGGUUCGUUGGGCUUUGUAUUUAAUGUAG